AUUCCCAGAAGGCAGGGCUUUGAAACCCUAUAAAAGUUCCCAAAUCUGCCGGCUCCAGCAUCCACUCGGCUCCCGCUGCUCCCUCGGCACCGGCUGGGUGAUCCCGUUCUCCUGCAGAGAUGUCUCUGAACCAGAUGCAAAUCAAGCAGGAGCUCACGCUGCCCCCUGGCCUGGGCAAAACCCUCCCAAAACAGAGCCCGGAGCCCGUCCCGUGCCCGCCGCAGCAUCCCGAAAUCCAGGUGUCCGCCCCUUGCCCCGAGCCGCUCCCAGCCGUGGCAAAAUGCCCGGAAAAAGUGAUUCCAGUGCCAGCUCCGGGCGUGGAACCGGGAAAAGGGGAAGCGCCGGUGGUUGCGGUGCCCCAGUGCCCGCCCCAGGAGCAGCAGCAGCAGCAGCAGCAAACCGAGCUGCCCCCGACAUUCCCAGCCGCGCCGUGCCCCGAGCCUGCUCCGAGCCUGGAAGGGAAAUCCUGCCCGGAACCCACCCCGGGAGCGCUGGAGGAGCAGGAGGCCAAGGAGAUCCCGGUUCCGGUGGCUGUUCCCGUUCCCGUUCCCUGCUCCGAGGGUGCGGCGUGCGCCCAGGAGAAGCAGCAGUGCAAGGAAAUCCCGGUGUCCAUCCCAGAAAGCCAGGAAUGCAAGGAAAUCCCGGUGUCCAUCCCAGAAAGCCAGGAAUGCAAGGAAAUCCCGGUGUCCAUCCCUGAUCCACUCCCUGACCCCGUCCCGUGCGCCCAGGAGAACCAGCAGUGCAAGGAAAUCCCGGUGUCCAUCCCAGAAAGCCAGGAAUGCAAGGAAAUCCCGGUGUCCGUCCCUGAUCCACUCCCUGACCCCGUCCCGUGCGCCCAGGAGAACCAGCAGUGCAAGGAAAUGCCGGUGUCCAUCCCAGAAAGCCAGGAAUGCAAGGAAAUCCCGGUGUCUAUCCCAGAAAACCAGGAAUGCAAGGAAAUCCCGGUGUCCAUCCCUGAUCCACUCCCUGACCCCGUCCCGUGCUCCCAGGAGAAGCAGCAGUGCAAGGAAAUCCCGGUGUCCAUCCCAGAAAAACAGGAAUGCAAGGAAACCCCUGUCCCGAUCCCAGCGCCACUCCCUGACCCUACCCCGUGCUCCCAGGAAAAGCAGGAAUGCCAGGAGAUCCCGGUGCCCACCCCGUGCCCCCAGGAAAAGCAGGAAUGCCAGGAGAUCCCGGUGCCCACCCCGUGCUCCCAGGAAAAGCAGGAAUGCCAGGAGAUCCCGGUGCCCAUCCCGGCUCCCUGCCCCGAGCCGGAGCAGCGCUCCCUUCCCGAGAAAUUCCCUCCCAUGGAGCAGCAGCUGGAGCAGCCCGGCCUGUGGCAGAAGUAGAGGUGAAAAUCCCGAUCCAGGAGAUUUUUUUUUCCCCCUCGCAUCCAGAGGUUUUUCCAAGCCUUUUUUUUUGUUGUUGUUGUUGUUUUGAACCCCCUGCAGAGCUUUUGUCAGGAAUUCCUUCCAGCCGCCCCUCCCGCUAACGCGUUGUCCUCUACUAACAGCAGGGAAUUCCCGUCGGGAAUGGCUUCCAGCAGGAUUGUAGUUGUGCCUUCACCUGAAUUCCUGCCCUUUCUCCCAAUCCCACGGCUUUGGAAUGCCCAGAGAACUCCUCCCCCCUCCCCCCCCCCCCCCCCCCCAAAAAAAAAAAAAAAAAAAAAAAAAAAUCACGGAACAAGGCAGGGAUCAUGAAGUUAAAAAAACAACCCCAAAUCCAGGGAAGGGCUCAUCCCCUUUUUCCUGCCUUCCUCCCCGGAUUGCAGCUCCCACCUGGAAUUGAGGCGGUUUUCCCCUCUAAACAACCAGAAUCCGCCGCCGAAAUGCUCAAAACUUUCCAAAUCGGGGAUUAGGGCUGAAUAUUUGGUGGAAUUAAAAAUUAUCCUUUGGGAUCCAGGGGGGGGGAAAGGAAGAUUUUUGGGAUAGAUCUGUAGGAACCCGAGCUCUCUCUCCCCUUGAAUUUCCUCGGAGGCGUCAAAGAACAGCUCAGGCCGAGAAUAUUCCUGGCAAUUUUAUGGAUAAUUAACUCCACUCCAGACAUGUUUGGAAAGGGAUUAACCCCGGGCGUGGCUCGGACGGGAUAAAGGAGGAAUCCCAAAUCCCACGCGGAGCUGUCUCCAUUCCAGCCGGGAAUGUUUCGCCCCCGUUGGUGUUGGGGAUUUUGUCUCUCGGUUUUCGGCUGAUUUUGGAUCCAGGAUUUGUUGCACUGUGAAAAUUCCACAAUAAAAACGACUUUGAGUACCGA